GGAUAUCAUGUCAAUUUACAAGGAACCACCCCCAGGAAUGUUUGUUGUGCCUGAUCCCCACGACAUGACCAAGAUUCAUGCAUUGAUCACAGGCCCAUUUGACACGCCUUAUGAAGGGGGUUUCUUCUUGUUCCUGUUUCGCUGUCCUCCAGAUUAUCCCAUCCACCCACCCCGGGUCAAACUGAUGACAACGGGAAAUAACACAGUGAGGUUUAACCCCAACUUCUACCGCAAUGGGAAAGUCUGCCUGAGUAUUCUGGGCACCUGGACCGGGCCUGCCUGGAGCCCAGCUCAGAGCAUCUCCUCAGUCCUCAUCUCCAUCCAGUCCCUGAUGACUGAGAACCCUUAUCACAACGAGCCCGGCUUCGAGCAGGAGAGGCACCCAGGGGACAGCAAGAACUACAACGAGUGCAUUCGGCACGAGACCAUCCGGGUGGCAGUGUGUGACAUGCUGGAGGGGAAGUGUCCCUGUCCCGAGCCUUUGAGGGGUGUGAUGGAGAAAUCCUUCAUGGAAUACUACGACUUCUACGAAGGGGUGUGUAAAGAGAGGCUGUACCUCCAGGGACAAACCAUGCAGGAUCCUUUUGGUGAGAAGCGAGGCCACUUUGACUACCAGUCCCUGCUGGUGCGUCUGCAGGGGAUCCGGCAGAAGGUGCAGGAGAAGCACCAGCAGGAGCCCCCGGAGAUGGACUCUGAGAGCAGCUCCUCCGAGACAGAGACGGACCCGCAGGGCUGCUCCAAAGCUUAGAGCCCACCCAGCCCUGACAGACUCCAGCACCCACCCACUGCCAGAGCAGGGAGCUCAGGGGAUCCCUCCUGCCUCCCUCACUGCUCUGGUGGGAAUCGCUGACUGAGGAGAUCCACGCUCGACAAAGCCCAGCUCGUGCCAGGCUACUCCUGAAGGUACUUCCUGCGCUAGAAAAGCUGGAGCAUGUGGCCUCAGGUUGUUUUUUUUGUUUUUGGAAACACCUACACUGGUUGUUUGAGGCUUUUUUUUUGGUUUUUUUUUUGGUUUUUUUUUCCCCCCUCUCCAUUUGAUUAAAGAAUGAGAUCUAGACUGCAAACCCUUGGCAGCUUCUCUGUUCCUAGGCAGUGAGCCCUUCCCCCGUGGAGCUGUGGCUGUGGGAGCACUUCCAUGAGUCCAAGGUGUGUCCAGGUGAAGCCUGGGGCAGGUGGAGCCUCUCUGCUCCGUGGAGCCCCGGCUACCUGAUGUCUUUCUCCUAGACAGACCAAAGAUAAAAGAGCAGUGGUGGAGUUUGGGCUCCUUUCUGAAAGCUUUACUCAAGCCCUGGGUGGCUUUUGAAAGCCCAGGUGCAAAGGGGCAGGUGGGGAGUGGAAGCUGCAGGAUCUGUAAGUGGAGUGCAGGAUUGGCAUUUUUGGGGAAGGGAGGAUGAGAAACCCGUUGGUCAGAGAUUUGGGGGGAGCACUUACAAACCAGUCUAGUUUGUGUAUUAUUUUUUGUAAGGUGUUGAUUUGAAUUUAGCAUUCUGGAAGAAGUAUUCCAUUCGUGUUUCCUCACCUGAAGUUCUCUGCUUUCCACCUCUCCAGUCCGUGUCACAUUUUAUUUUCCUCCCAUCUUCCUCCUGCCACCUCCCUCCCUGCUGCUCCCUUGGUCCAUCAGAUGGAAAUGCUGGAAAUGGAAUAAGGGGCAACUCCUGGUGGGGUUUUGUGGAGGUGGACGCCUCGUUACGGACAAAUUCCUUUGCCAAACUUGGCUGAGUGUUGGAAAACUUUGACACUCGAGUGUCUGUGAGUGUUUCAGAGCAGGUUUUGCCUGUGAGUGAAGGGCCACCCUCGUGGAGAGGUGUCUGCUGGCUGUGCCAUUCCCUCCAACGUGUUCAGUGGGUGGAGGUGGGAAACCCACUUUCUCCAGGCGAUGGAGCCUGGGGAGGAUUGAUUGGAGCAGAGUUUUGUUGAUAAAGAGCUUAUGAUCUUUUUUUUUUUUU